AUGUUUAUAUGUGAAUAUCAUAUUGACAUAGAUGGUGGGGAGACACCAGCCGACGAUAUUGUUGAACUCGCUUAUUGCAAUUUGGAUGUUCAUGUGUAUCAAAACGUUUCUCCAUCAAUCACUCUGACCAAUGAAGACGACACUGUUAGCACUUCCAAACACUGGGAACUUCCGUGUCACGAGCUAGAGGGCGUGUGGGAAAGUUUGGUAUUUGAUGACGAUCUACCACUGCAAUUGCUGGACUAUGUUUACACAUCAAUUCUGUUCUCAGACAUGAAUAUUGAUACGAAUCUUAUCAAUGUCAAUCGUGUUGUCCUACUACACGGUCCGCCUGGUUCGGGGAAAACAACCCUGUGUCGUGCAUUGGCUCAGGCAUGUUUUUUGCAAAUGCAUAUUCCAAUUAAACUGUCAAUUCGGCUUUCAGAUCGGUUUGCUUUUGGAAAACUUGUCGAAAUCAAUUCUCAUAGCUUGUUUAGCAAAUUCUUUUCAGAAUCUUCCAAACUUGUUAUACAGCUGUUUCAGAAUCUACACGAAAUACUAAAUAACCAAGAUGCAUUUGUGUGUAUUCUGAUAGAUGAAGUGGAGAGUUUGAGUGCAGCUCGCAAGGCUUCUGCAGCUGGUUUGGAGCCAUCUGAUGCGAUUCGAGUAGUCAAUGCACUCUUGACACAGAUUGACUUGCUACGACAACACAAAUAUGUUUUAGUUCUUGCUACAUCAAACAUUACAGAAGCAAUCGAUGUAGCAUUCAUUGAUCGGGCUGAUAUUAAACAAUACAUAGGUGAUCCAUCCCCAAGAGCAAUCUAUCAAAUCCUGUCUUCGUGUCUGGUCGAGCUCAUGAACAAGAUGCUUAUUUCCCCACAGGUAGAUUUAUUGGGACUACGCGAACUAGAACUAUUUCCCACCAGUUGCAAACUGAGUAAACGAGUUCUGGACGUUGCAUAUUUAUGUGAUGGAAUGAGCGGUCGAGCACUUCGAAAACUGCCGUUUCUUGCACAUGCUCGAUACAUCAAGGUAGUAUAG